CAAUGGGCGAGGGCGACGGUUGCGACGGUUGGGUUUUGAAGGAACCAAUCAAUGCUCGGAGCGGAGAGUUUAAGACGCCGAAGUCAGCGUUGCCGAGGCCGGUCCGGGAUCGGAGCCUGUUCUGCGCGGACGCCGCUCCCAUGGCCCAGUUCGUGUUCGAGAGCGACCUGCACUCCCUGCUGCAGCUGGAUGCGCCCAUCCCCAAUGCACCUCCCGCGCGCUGGCAGCGCAAAGCGAAGGAAGCCGCGGGGCCGGCCCCCUCGCCCAUGCGGGCCGCCAACCGAUCCCACAGCGCCGGCAGGACCCCCGGCCGAACGCCGGGCAAAUCCAACUCCAAGAUGCAGACCACUCCCAGCAAGCCUGGCGGCGAUCGCUAUAUCCCCCACCGCAGUGCCUCCCAGAUGGAGGUGGCCAGCUUCCUCCUGAGCAAGGAGAACCAGCCCGACAACAGCCAGACGCCCACCAAGAAGGAACAUCAGAAGGCCUGGGCUCUGAACCUGAACGGUUUUGACGUGGAGGAAGCCAAGAUCCUCCGGCUCAGUGGAAAACCACAGAACGCCCCAGAGGGUUACCAGAACAGACUGAAAGUACUCUACAGCCAGAAGGCCACGCCCGGGUCCAGCAGGAAGACCUGCCGAUACAUCCCUUCCCUGCCGGACCGGAUCCUGGAUGCCCCUGAAAUCCGCAACGACUACUACCUGAACCUGGUGGACUGGAGCUCUGGGAACGUACUGGCUGUGGCCUUGGACAACAGCGUGUACUUGUGGAGUGCCAGCUCUGGUGACAUCCUGCAGCUGCUGCAGAUGGAGCAGCCUGGGGACUAUGUGUCUUCUGUGGCCUGGAUCAAAGAGGGCAACUACCUGGCUGUGGGCACCAGCAGUGCUGAGGUCCAGCUCUGGGAUGUGCAACAGCAGAAACGGCUUCGAAACAUGACCAGUCAUUCUGCCCGAGUGGGCUCCCUCUGUUGGAACAGCUACAUCCUGUCCAGUGGCUCACGUUCCGGCCACAUCCACCACCAUGAUGUUCGGGUGGCAGAACACCAUGUGGCCACACUGAGUGGCCACAGCCAGGAAGUGUGUGGGCUGCGCUGGGCCCCAGACGGUCGACAUCUAGCCAGUGGUGGCAACGAUAACUUGGUCAAUGUGUGGCCUAGUGCUCCUGGAGAGGGUGGCUGGGUUCCUCUGCAGACAUUCACGCAGCACCAAGGAGCUGUCAAGGCUGUAGCUUGGUGUCCCUGGCAGUCCAAUGUCCUGGCAACUGGAGGGGGCACCAGUGAUCGACACAUUCGAAUCUGGAACGUCUGCUCUGGGGCCUGUCUGAGUGCCGUGGACGCCCAUUCCCAGGCUCACAGCACAGGUCUCAGCAUUCUUCUCUCUCCCAGUCUGUCUACCCACUGGUCUGAGUGGGGUCUGCUUCUGUCUUCCUUAGACCCUGCGAGGGCUCCCUGGCCCCACGGCGUGUGUGCUCCAUUCUCUGGUCUCCCCACUACAAGGAGCUCAUUUCAGGCCAUGGCUUUGCCCAGAACCAGCUGGUUAUUUGGAAGUACCCCACCAUGGCCAAGGUGGCUGAGCUGAAAGGUCACACAGCCCGGGUCCUGAGUCUGACCAUGAGCCCAGACGGGGCCACAGUGGCAUCAGCAGCAGCAGAUGAGACCCUGCGGCUGUGGCGCUGCUUUGAGCUGGACCCUGCACGGCGGCGGGAGCGGGAGAAGGCCAGCGCAGCCAAAAGCAGCCUCAUCCACCAAGGCAUCCGGUGAGGACCACCGCAUCAGCUCGGUUUUUUUUGUGCUGUCUUUUUUUUUUUUUACUUUUCUAAUAAAGCCACAUGUCUCACCCUCUU